AUGUCCCAUGUUUUGAAUCGAGAAGAAAGAAGAAGAUCAAAUAUCUGGAUCACGAUGGGUUCUUGUUUCAGUGUUGGAUUGAAAAUUGAAAGUUCACGUUUAGAUGGUAAAGUUACAUCUGCAUCAGUACCACCAAGCCCUCGGAGCCCUAGAAGUCAAACAGAAAUCUUACAAUCAGGAAAUUUAAAGCCUUUUAGCUUCAAUGUACUUAAAUUGGCUACAAGAAAUUUCCGACCCGAUAGUGUUCUUGGAGAAGGUGGAUUCGGGUCGGUUUUCAAAGGAUGGAUCGAUGAGCAAUCACUUACAGCCGCCAAACCUGGAACUGGAACUGUCAUUGCUGUCAAGAGAUUAAAUCAAGAAGGUCUUCAAGGUCACCAAGAAUGGCUGGCAGAAAUUAAUUAUUUAGGGAUGUUAAACCAUCAAAAUCUGGUGAAAUUAAUCGGUUACUGUUUAGAAGAUGAUCACAGACUGUUGGUAUACGAGUUCAUGCCUCGAGGGAGCUUGGAAAAUCAUCUUUUCAGAAGAAGUUCUUACUUUCAACCUCUCUCAUGGACCCUACGAAUUAAGGUCGCUUUAGGUGCUGCGAAAGGGCUUGCUUACCUUCAUAGCCCGGAAGCGAAAGUGAUAUAUCGUGAUUUCAAAUCUUCAAAUAUCCUCAUCGAUUCGAAUUACAAUGCGAAACUUUCUGAUUUCGGAUUGGCAAAAGACGGACCGGUGGACGGAAAAAGUCAUGUUUCGACGAGAGUUAUGGGAACUUACGGAUAUGCAGCGCCGGAGUACAUGGCGACAGGUCAUUUGACGGCGAGAAGUGAUAUAUACAGUUUCGGGGUGGUUCUGCUGGAGAUUUUGACGGGGAGGCGGUGCAUCGACAAAAACCGUCCCUCCGGCGAGCAAAUUCUGGUGGAGUUUGUUAAACCUUAUUUAUCGAGCAAACGACGGAUUCUUCAUAUUAUGGACCCGCGUCUCGGUGGCCAGUACUCGCCGACGGUGGCGAUGAGGGCGGCGAUUCUGGCGAUGAAAUGUCUCUUGAAAGAACCGAAGCACCGGCCGAGUGCUGAUGAGUUGGUGAAAUCAUUGGAGCAGCUUCAGGAUUUGCAGAAGACGGCGGAUAGUUCGAGAAGGGAACCGGUUCGGAAACAGGGUGAUAGAAAACCGGAUUCGUAUCCGAGACCUGCUGGGUCGGGUUCGGGUUCGGGUGUGGGUGUGGGGUCAAUUAGUGGAAAGAGUUGAGAAAGCGGCGGGGAAGAUUGGGUGUACAGUUUUGACUUGUAAUCUUGUAUGUUGUGCUUUUGACGGAGUGUUUGAUUUUUUUUUUUUUUUUUUUUUUUUUAAUGAAAGCACAAUGUAAAGGAAUGGAUGAUGAGAUUUAUUU